UCGAAUGUAACUCAAGUAUUCUUCACAAUCGCCAAAAGUCUCAGUUUUAAAAGAUAAAUAAAGCUUAUUUUAAAUAUAUUGCAUUUACUUACUUUAAUCGCGUCAAAGCCUUGUAAGAGAUGGAUGUAUGCAAAACUAUAACUGAGAAAUUUCCGUGCCGAAAAAAAAUUGUAAAAGAACUUAUCAAUCUUAUUAGUUACGAUGAGGAAAUGUUUCCCAAUGCUAUACACAUACAUGGGCACACCGGCACUGGGAAAACAACAAUAAUUAAGCAUUUACUGAAAGAAAGUGUACGCCGCAACAAUGAGAAUGUAUUUAAUGUAGCAUUCGUUAAUUGUGUUGAAAGCUAUUCUUCGAGAAUACUUUUUGAAAACAUAGCGGAAACUUUAUGCAGCGAGAAUGCUGAAGAGGUCAAAGUUGAAAAUCUGAAAGACUUCGUUGAACGGUUACGGCAAUUAAAAACAGAAGAUACUCGCUACAUAAUAGCUUUAGACAAUGCAGAACGGUUAAGAGAUAUGGAGGCGAAUGUUUUACCAUCGAUAUUGCGUUUACAAGAACUCAGUGGAUUGAAUCUUUGUGUAAUAUUAAUAACACAACUGCCACUAGAAAAAUUUUACUGUAAAACUAGUAUUGAUGAACCUAUUAUUGUAUACUUUCCACAGUAUACAAAGUCUGAAACACUUAAAAUAUUGAGCGCGGAUUUUAAAAAUGCGCAAAAUCUUUUGAUCUCACAACUACAACGCAACAAAACUGAAAAUUUAGAACAAAAAAUAGAUGUCAUUAACACCGUAUCCCGGGACUUUUUUAACAAUUAUUUAAAUUUGUUUCUAGGUGUCUUCUAUAAGGCAUGUCGUGAUCUAUCUGAACUGAAGAUUACGGCAAGAAAAUGUUUUACUUAUUAUAUGACACCUAUAUUAGAAGGUAACGUUGAUAUGUCUGAUGUUUCUCGUCUCUGGCGUUGUGUUGCUGGCCAAUUGCGAACCGCACUCAUGCAGGUUUAUAUACGUAAUGGGCAACCGAAGAGUGGAGCAGAGCUGAAUGAUAAAGAUAGUGUUAAAAUAGCACAGUCCUUGGAACUUCCCUACUAUGGAAAGUACUUGUUGAUAGCAGCUUUCAUCGCAAGUUAUAACUCUUCAAAAGAAGAUAAACGUUUGUUUGUUAAAAAUCACGGAAAACGGCGAAAACGCAUGCAAGCCGUUAAUGCCAAAGCGAAAGUAGCCGAAAAAAUGAGCACCUACAUUGGACCGAAGUCUUUUAGUGUUGAUCGCCUUUUGGCCAUAUUUUAUGCUAUACUGGAAGAAAAAGUUGGUUUGACUUGUAAUUUAUUAUCCCAAAUAUCAACAUUAGUCAACCUAAAACUGCUUAGCUUUGUUUCGGGUGAAAAUUCAAUGGAUGGCACUUCUCGCUUGCAAUGUACAGUUGGUCUUGAGUUCAUAGUUUGCAUAAGUCAAGUUGUUGGGUUUAAUGUGCGUCAAUAUUUAUGCGAUUUUAAUUAAUAUUUUUGGUUUAUUUACAUA